AUGAUUCCUUCUGCUAUCCCACAGGAGUUACAAGAUUUGACCCAAGUUGAGGAAAUGUUGAUUGCUCAAGCACUCCCAAUCAUGAGAGUCUAUAUUAAACCAGGUGGACAACGAGGUUACUCAGGGCAAUGUAUCAACUUGCCACAAAAUGUAAAGGAAUUGGCCACAUCUUUGCUAAGAUAUCCAAAUGAAUUGUCUGUUAUCAUUGUCCAAACUAAAGGUAAAAAUAACACAUUUAAAGAUUUGACUGUAAGGAAACAAAAAGUGCACAAUGCUUUAUUAUGGCUAAUGCAAAAUAACCCUCAUUAAAUUCCUUGCCUGAAAAUGGCGUACCACCAAGUCUUAUGACUGUUGAGACUGAUGAUGACAAAGUCUCAGAUGAUAAUUGUUCUCCUGAUGUAGGUCCUCCUACUGAUAAUCCAUCAGAGGAUAUUAUUUAUAAUGACUCUACUGAAAUGAGUAGUUUUUUACCUGUUGGCGAACAGCAACAACAGGAAAUUGAAGCUGUUAGAAAUCAGCUCUCUGAAAAUGAACCCAUGCCUUGGCCUACAAUUGAAACUGGACCAAUUAAUGAAUAUCAGAUAUCACAUUUGGCCACAAUGGCUUUCCCAACAUUAUUUCCUGAUGGAAAAGCCGACCCUACUAAUUCAGGUAUAUUAAGAGACGUUCCUCUUCAAGAACGAAUUAAGCAUCUUUUGAAAUGUGCUGAAGUUAUUCAUUGUAAAUGGAUCUACCGUUUUGCCAGCCAUUCCAGAUUUUAUAUUGGGCUUUUAAUAUGAUCCAAAGAAAACGUAUUUUGCAGCAAAGUGGGAUAUUCCUAAAACAAAAUCCAGGUGAAGCACAUCUCACUAUUGAUGAACUAAGAGAAAUGGCUGCCAGUAACAACACUAAUGUUUUUAUGUCCAAGCUUUCAAGGUAUGUUGGCAAUAUUGCUGGCACUAAUGCUUAUUGGAGUAGAGUAAGAGAAGAACUCAAAGCCAUUAUAACUAGUGUUGGAGCACCAACAUUAUUUUGUACUUUUUCCUCUGCAGAUAUGCAUUGGCCUGAGUUACAUGCUUUAUUUAAAGCGAGUACUGAUUGCGAAACGGGUAGUUCUACCAGUAAUGUAAGACGACAAAAUGUUAUUAACAAUCCCCAUAUUGUGGAUUGGUUUUUCACCCAAAGAUUAGAAAGCUUUGUAAAACACUGGCUUUAUGAAACACUUGGUGCGAAAUGGCACUGGUUUCGAUAUGAAUAUCAAGGUAGAGGUAUCCAUUGUCAUGGUACUGCUAAACUAAAUAAUGACCCAGGUUUGUGUCAACUUACUCAGACUGCUUUGAAAGGUUUCUUAGCUCAAAAAUUUAAAGAUGAAAAUGAUUGUUCCGACACAACUGAACUAGACCAGGAUAUUGAAGCUGGUCAGAAAGCAGCUGACACAGUAUGUCAGUAUGUUGAUUGGUUAUUAUCAACCGUCAAUCCUAAUCCAACAGAUGAGGACAUGUGGAUAAGACCUGAGGUUCAUCCAUGUCAAAGAAGUCAUCAUGACAUUUCUGAACAUGAAAAACAAUCAGAUUAUGCAGAUCUAUUAAACAUGGUUUAA